AUGUUGAGGUUUAACCCUUCCAGUCCAGUAACUUUGGAAUUAAAUUCUUCAAAGGCGAUGGCUAGCGUGGGCAGCACGUUCCAGUGGGACAAGCUGUCACCUGCAGAGUUCCAACAGCUACAAGAGUUAACGUUAUAUUCUACAAAAAAGUUACAAGAUGUACUGCAGCAGUUCUGCGAUGCUAAAAAGCAGAGCCCGGACGGGGUGAGUAGUACCUACUAA